AUGGCCGAAAGUGUAGCUUCUUCAGAAUCUUUGCCCCAGAUGAAGCCAGAGGAGCCUGAGUCCAAGAAGUCCCCCUCGAGGGAAGCAAUUCCCAAGGACAUGCCCGUUGUCAAUGUGAGGGACAUCAUGAUGUAUGUGGAAAACAUGGAAGGAAUGGAAAACAAGAAGCUGAUCCCCUAUGUUGUCUAUCUAGACGAGCAAUUCAAAGAGAUUGUACAGAAGAGGAGAAAGGAUGCCAGGGUGGUUUUUAUAUUCAUGAUAGCCAUUAUGUCUAUGCUUGUCAUUGGGCUGGUUGUGUGUGGAGUGAAACUCCUUGGAUACCUGAUGGAACAGAAGUAA